GGGGAAGCUCCCAGGGAAGGCGGUUGUCGGGUUCCCUGUACAACUUUCUUCGAAGGGAGACCAAAAGCUCAAGUUGUCGGCUGAGGAGCCUGCUUUCUUUUUCUCUUAGGAUUUUUUCAGGGAUAGCUACUGUGGAAAGGCAAGUGUCUCGUCAAACUGUGCAAAAACAUCUCAGCACCUACGUGCAUUGUUAGCAGCAGAACGAGGGCUAAUGAGUAAUUCGGAAUGGAGCCAGCUGCCCUGAGCUGUUCUCUACAGCAAACCUGGAAACCACGACUUGCAGAGCCCAGGAGAAUAACCGGGACACAAGUACUUAUCUCUCCUUUGUGACCUUAUCACUAAAUCCGGUCACAUUCCAGAAGACGUAAUGACUGGGCGUUUCACACCUUCCARUUCUCACCCUCUUCCCCCGUCGCCCAGGGCAGCGCCCGGGACCUCCCGGGCUGUUGCGAGGAUAAAAGGGCCCGUGGGGCUCAUUUCUGGCACUCUUGGUACGGAGAGGCCGCUGUUCGUGCUCCUGACAUGGCCUGCGCUGCCCGCGCUCCGGCCACGCCUGGGGCCGCGYUCUUCUGGGAGAUGCUGGCACUGCUGGCCCGGGAGCCGGGCAUGGAGUGGCUGGAGCUGAGCCUGGCUGGGCAGGCGGUCAGCUCCCCGCCGGGCAGCCGAGCAGCACCGCGGAGCGGAGGGAAUGGAGCGGCGGGGAGCGGAAACGAGAUCAGUUAUCCUCAGAAGCAUUCCUUGGGACCUUGGCCCCUGAAGACUCUGUCGUUGCUCGAGCGCUCAGGGGAUAGCAGGCUUUGGCAAGCCUACCUCGAAGGACUGAAGAAAUUCCUUGUCUUCAGGGAAAGCAUGGGAAUGCCUGCGGCCUGGCCAAUUCCAGUGGACCAAAUUAGAGGGUUUUUGGCUGCUGAAUCUAAUUAUUCCUCCUUGAAGACACUCACAUACAUGGCAGCACUCUCUUAUUUAUCAAAAUUGACUGGUAACUCUGAUCCUCUGGAAGAUACUGUAACCUGUUGCAUGGUGGCAGGGUUGAAACGUCGAGCAGGUAUCCUAAGGGAUAAAUACUUGCCUGUAACAAUUGAGAUGUUGCGAUCUCUCUUAGGAGCUCUGGAGUCGGUGUGCAUUACUCAUUAUGAAUGCUUACUGUUUCGUGCAUURUUUACCGUAGCCUUUUUUGGGGCACUUCGAAUCGGAGAGUUGGUGGCAAAGCACCGUAAUGUACUGCAGCCUGAGCUGCUGUACCUGAGCGAUCUCCAGCUGAUGCAGAGGAAAGUGCUGUUUGUUCUGCCWAAUUCUCCUGUGGAUCAGGAGAGACAUGUCAUCAGCCUAGCGCUGUCUGGAGAGCCAUGGGUGUGCCCUGUUCUGGCCCUCCGGAGCUACUUGACAGUGCGCUCGCAGCUGGAGGGGCCACUCUUUGUGCACUCGGAUGACAGGACUGUAACGAAGAGGGAGUUCCUGGCCGUUCUCCGAUGUGCCCUGCGCCUGCUGGGGCUGUGUCCGGAGCAGUACGGAGUGCAUUCCUUCUGGCUGGGGACUGCUGUCACUGCUGCGCGCUGUGGCUAUCCCUGGGAAGAUGUCACUCGCCUGGCAAGAUGGCCCUGUAGGAUCCCAGCAAGAUUCUAACCAUGGAGACCAACAGGAAGAUAGAAGCUCAUUAAUCAUCUUUAUGUAGAGUAAACUUUUAGCUGUACAGUUUCUAGCCUUUGACAGGAAUUUAGUAUUAACACCUGAAAUUAUUUUUGUCUCACAGUGGGAUGAUCCUAAGUUUAAUCAGAAAUUGCUUGUUCUGUCUGUAUUUGAAGGUGGGGGGAGCAUCAAACCUUUAUGCAUAAACUGCAUUUUUAUCUUGUAUAGUAUGAGUUAAUAAAU